AUGGCGUUGCAGCUGGCAGCCAAGGGUAGACACAAGCCUACUCUUGAGGCUGCCCACCAGGAGGUCCUGACAGCUCGGAAAUCCACCUCACAAACGGUGGACGCCAUCAGCGUCGACCUCAUCAAGGCCGAUAACGUGGAUGCGACAUUAAGAAGCGUCGGCAGGGUCCCGGACAUCGUCAUCUGCUCGGCAGGGGCGCUCCCCAACACUGUGGGUUUCUCGCCGAGAUCGCACCCAGCACUAUCACCUCAUGCCUGGAGAUGA